CGCGGCCGGUGCGCGCGCCCGGGUCUGCGCAGCACCGGCCUCGGCGCGAUCUCAGAGCUCAGCUGCCGGCUGCGGUGACCGUGGGAGGCAGGAGGGGGCCCAGCGGAGCGGCUGCCGAGCCUGAGAGGAUCUGGGGGCGGCGGUGCUUCCUGUCUGAGUGGCUCCAGCCCAGCGGCAGGGGCGGCGGCGGCGCCCGCGGCCCCUGAGCGAAUUGAGGAGGCCGCGAGGCGACGGCGCGGCGCGGCCCCCUCCAGCGGCCGCGCCCGGAGUAAGGCAAAAGAGAAUGAAAGAAGUAGAUAAUCUUGAAAGUAUAAAAGAAGAAUGGGUUUGUGAAACAGGAUCUGACCACCAACCUCUUAGUGAUAAUCAACAAAUCAAUUGUGAAUAUUUCGUUGAUAGCCUUUUUGAGGAAGCUCAGAAGGUUGGUGCCAAAUCCUUGUCUCCCACUGAACAAAAGAAACAGGUAGAUGUAAGUAUAAAAUUAUGGAAAAAUGGAUUCACAGUCAAUGAUGAUUUUAGAAGUUAUUCUGAUGGUGCAAGUCAGCAGUUUCUGAACUCCAUCAAAAAAGGGGAAUUACCUUUAGAAUUACAAGGAGUUUUUGAUAAAGAGGAGGUGGAUGUUAGAGUUGAAGAUAAGAAAAAUGAAGUGUGUAUGUCAACGAAGCCUGUGUUCCAGCCCUUCUCAGGACAGGGUCACAGACUGGGAAGUGCCACACCAAAAAUUGUUUCUAAAGCAAAGAGUAUUGAAGUUGAGAAUAAAAAUAAGUUGUCUACUGUCCCGCUAAACAAUCUGGAACCCAUCACUAAUGUACAGAUCUGGUUAGCCAAUGGGAAAAGGAUUGUCCAGAAAUUUAACAUUUCUCAUAGGAUAAGCCACAUCAAAGACUUCAUCGAAAAAUACCAAGGACCUCAAAGAAGUCCUCCCUUUUCCUUGGCAACAGCUCUUCCUUUCCUCAAAUUGCUAGAUGAAACACUCACACUGGAAGAAGCAGAUUUACAGAAUGCUGUAAUCAUUCAGAGACUCAAAAAAACCGCUGAACCUUUUAAAGAACUUUCAUAACAUUGAUUUUUGAUAUAUUAGGUGGAAAGUUUCCAGAGAAAUGAUGGUUCCAGGGAAAGUGGGCAUGCAAACCAAAACAAGGGAAAGUCAGAUUUGCUGAGCUUUAUACUGUUUAGCUCCUUCCUGAUGAGACGAUAUCUAAACAAGUACAAGUUAGGAAAGUAAACUAUGACUGGACACGUAUUCUGUGAACUUUUUCUAGAAGGCUACUCAGAAAGAAAAAUAUACUUAUUUUCAAAUAUCAGUUAUUCAGCAUAAGAUAUAUUAAAUAACUAUGUCAUUUAAAAUCUUAAUAUGCCAUUAGUUAACAGAUACAUUUACAGCAUCUUUCAUUCAAACAUUCGCAAAUAAUAGUGAUUUAUUUAAAUGUUAGCAGUUUCAGAUUUUUAAAAUAGCAAUACAUUAAAAAUGAAAAAUUGUACAUGGCAGGUUUGAAUUCAGUGUAGUUUUUAAAUCUGAGAUAAUCAGAAGGUUGGAAGGGGAGUUACUGUCAUGGCUCAGCAGAAACAAAUCUGACUAGUAGCCAUGAGGACACAAGUUCGAUCCCUGGCAUCACUCAGUGGGUUAAGGAUCUGGUGUUGCUGUGAGCUGUGGUGUAGGUUGCAGACAUCACUCCGAUCUGCCAUUGCUAUGGCUGUGGCAUAGGCCAGUGGCUACAGCUCCAAUUUGACCUCUAGCCUGGGAACCUCCAUAUGCUGUGGGUGUGGCCCUAAAAAGUCAAAAAAAAAAAAAAAAAGGUGGCUUGAAGGAACUGCUUUCACCCCAGCUAUGUGUAAACCUCAGAAAUGUUCCCAAUUUGCAUUCUCUUUUGGCGAGGUACACUCAAAUAUUAAUAUAGCAACAGUAUAAGAAUAAAGUUGUAUAGCUUAUUGUAAUGUCAGUAAUCUGCCUUCUCACAUUUUGCAUUUUCAAAACAUGUACAUUUAAAAAUUCGUUUUCUCUAGGAUCAUUAGUUUAUCCCCUAUUUUAUUUUCUUUGAAAAAUUAGGGGAGUUCUCUUGUGGAACGCAGUGGGUUAAGGAUCUGACAUCACUGCACUGGCCUGGGUUGGUGCUGUGGUAUGGGUUUGAUCUCUGGCCUGGGAACUUCCACAUGCUAUGAACACAACCAAAAAAAUAAAAAAUAAGGGAUUUGUUCUUAGCUAGCAUUUGGAGUGAGCCAUUUAACAUUUUUUAAAUGUAUCAUGUAAAGUAUGAUUUUCUGUUCCAUACAUUAGUCAGCAUGUGUAUAUCAUAAGGAUUAUUUAUUAUAUUCCAAAGAAAAAUGUGCUUCAUAUCUUACAUUUUUAACUAAAACUGAUUAGACUUCAGUAUUUCACUGUCAGAUUAAAUCCCAAGUUUAAGAAGCUUUUUUGCAAAUGACCUGUUGAUUCAUAUUUAAAGUGAAAUAUGCAUUGAGUGUGCCACGGCACUAAGUGCCAUUCCUUUCAGCAGCAAUGUUCAUAGGGUGCUGGGUGUCUGCCAGAAAGAGCAGUUCUCAAACUUUUUGGUCUUAAGACCUUUGUAUGCGUGGCUUAUACAUAUUAAUGUUAUAUUUAAAAUUAUAUUUAUUCAUUGAAAGUAAUAAACGUGUUAUUAUAAAGGACACUUUUAUGAAAAAUGUCUAUUUUCCAAAAUGUAAAAAGUGGGAAAUGUGACAUUGUAUUUCAUUUAAAGAAAACAGAUGGAAUGUCAUCUGCUUCUACAUUCAGUCUAUUACAAUAUCACAUAUCAUGUAGCCUAUAGUAAAUGCUACUGUACAUUCAGGAGAAAGUGAAAAAAAGCAAAUAACAUCCUAGUGUAAUUAUGAAAAUAGUUUUGACUCUUGAAAGUACUAAUCUUAUAAAGCAGUGAUUUGCAGUGAUUCUCAAACCUUCAUGUGUAAGAAUCACUUGGGAACUUUUCAAAAGGCCCAUUCCUGCCACCUACCACAUACAUUCUAGUGAUUCAUUGUAGCUGGGAUGGGUUCUAGAUCUCUACAUUUUUAAUUGCAAAUAUUUCUUAGGUAUGUAGUUAGAGAACCAGUCUUCAGGAAAUCCUGCACUCAGCUUCUACCCUAAGAAAAGAAAACCUGCAUGCCUCACCAUGGACAGUGCAGAAAUCUACUGAAAUGGGACUGUUAGACCUUAAAUUUUAUCCUAUUCCCCAGCAGUUUGUUCUUAAGCUGUUACCCCUUUAAUGCUGAACUGAUCAAGACCUAAACCUGUGCUUUAUCUUCUGUAAGCAUAGCUGAGACAAGGCUACAACUUUUUUUUUUCUUUUGGGCUGCAUCUGUGGUUCGUGGAAGUUCCUGGGCCAGGGAUCUAACCUGCACCACAGCAGCAGCAGUGGCUAGAACCACUGCAGUGACAACACUAGGUCUUUAACCUGCUGUACCACAGGGAACUCCAAGGCUGCAACAUUUAAAUAAUGAGGUUUUUAUUAAAGUCUCAGGGAUAACAGAAGGGAAAUAUGCAUGUAACUAGAUGACCUGGUUUAUAAGAUAUAUCCUCCAUUCAAGGUCCAUUUUAAGAAUCCUUCCUUUUCUACCUCUUAGCCUCCCGCAUGGUAGGAGUCUGUCAUUUUAUCAGGAAGAGAAGGAGGACAAAGAGAGCCUUUUCCUUUUGUCAUUUACCCUCUGAAACAAAGAUACAUAAUAGAAAGUAUUUAUUGUCGGUAACGUUUACAGCUGUGGUAGAGCCCUUUCUCUAGUGAAAAAUAAUGACAUUCUUACAAAAAAAUGAAGGAAUGGUAGAAUUAGAUAUAAGUUGAUUGUUUAUAUAUUUUCAGAAAUCUGUAAGAAAAAAUUUCAUAUAGUCCUAUCAUGAAACAUUUUAUGAUUUUUAUUUGCAUACUUAUAAGUCAAUUUGUGAUUUUCCAUGUGUUUCUAUAAAGGGACUUCUUUUUGGAAAUAUUUAUCUUAUACAUAUAGGAAAGCCUCUUUUGUAGAUUUUCCAGUUGAUAGUAAUUAUUAGCUAGAAGACAUAUGAGAGGUUUUCUUGUAUGUACCUUUAGAAUACACCCCAGUGAGAAGUUCCUGUAAAAGACCUAUCAUCAGCAAUAACCCUCUUUUUUUGUAACUGAAAACUUUAAGUAAUGUCAGUGAUAUUCUUAAAGGUUUUCUAAAGUGACAGCCAUCUGAUCAAAACUUGAAGUUUCUUAAUUAACUAUGUAGAAUACCCAAAACAUGUUGACUUUAGGAAACAAAGUGAAUUUAUCGAGGGAAGGCAAACUUGAAAAUAAGCUAGCAUGUUAGAUGUGGAAUACAGUUUGACCUAAGUAGCUGUUUCAAAACUGGCAUUGCAAUCAGUUAAGAAUCAUUGUGAGGGCUGAUAUAUAGAAGUAUGUAUCUAAUUUUACAGAUUCUAAUUUAUUGGUUAAAUUACAUAUUAUCGAGGUUAUAAAAAUGAUCUUAUUUUACAUACUUAUUCAGAAUACUUUUCAUUAUACUUAAUUAUGUUGAAAAUAUGUGUCUAUUUCAGUGCCUUAAAAUAUUUUGAAAGCAAUCUUGCUAGUGGUUAAAGAACUGUUGUCUUAAUAACUCAGAUGUGUUAAGGGAGUUCCCGUCCUGGCGCAGGGGUUAACAAAUCCGACUGGGAACCACGAGGUUGCUGGUUUGGUCCCUGGCCUUGCUCAGUGGGUUAAGGAUCCGGCGUUGCCGUGAUCCUGCGUUGCUGUGGCUGUGGCAUAGGCCGGCAGCUACAGCUCCGGUUAGACCCCUGGCCUGGGAACCUCCAUAUGCCUUGGAAGUGGCCCUAGAAAAAAAGGCAAAAAGACCAAAAAAAAAGUAAUAAUAACUCAGAUGUGUUAAAAUGUGGUAUUUUUAAUACUCACUCACUGGUUGUCUUUAUUUCUUAUACCAUCUUUGUGUCCUUAGUUGAACUAGCAUGAAGAUGCCUUAGUAAGAUUUAUCCCUUUGUCUUUUCUCUCAGUACAAACUUUUUUUUUUUUUUUUUUUUUUUUUGCCUUGCCUGUGGCAUACAGAACUUCUGGGGCCAGAGAUCGAACCCAAACCACAGCAGCAACAGCACCAGAUCCUUAACCAGCUGAGCCAACAGAGAACUCCCUACCAUUUAAUUUAAACAUUGAUCAUCACACUGAAUCUUAAAAUAGAAGUGGCUUAUUCAGUAGACAAAUAUUCAGUUCUUUGUCCUUUGAUUUGAAUGUAUGUUUUUUGCACAAAUUAUUCAGAAAAUUAUAAAAUACAGUUAUGCUAAAAUGACCUGUAACUCACCUGUUACUCCACCAUUCAGAGAUAACGACUAAUAACAUUUUCGGUGUGUAUCUUUUCAGGUAUUUUUAAGUAUCAGUCUUUAGUUUUAAAAGAUAGGCUUCUUGGUUACUGUAAGCCUGUUUUAUUUAUUGAAUGUAAUGUAUUUGUCUUUAAAAAUUGCAUAAAGAAUAUACCAUCCCUUUAAAGUAGAGUAGUAACUGUUAGGGGAAAAGUGCACUUCAAUUACAUUUCUUUUCUUUUUUUUUUUUUAAUUACAUUUCUGUGCAAAAAAAGGGAGGGAGGUUUUUCUUUGCCCUCUUCCUUUCAGAGUUAAAAUUGUGAUAGUAUAUGCAACAAAGUAUAAAUAUUGUGAGUAAAGUAUUUCCAAGCUUCCUAAAAUUGCAUGUAAAAUGGUUGUUCAAAUGUGGAUUAUCCAAAGAAACUUCAUCUUGCGUUUAUGUUCAGUUUCCAAAGAAUAAAUGUGUAACACAUGCGUUACCUAAUUACCCUUCCACUGUGUGUGAGGCCUGCAAUUAAGGAAAUUGAAGGUACCAUUUUCGAGAUUAAGGGAUUGAGGCAUAGAAAAUGGAAUGACUUGCUUUCGACUGGGUAGUGUAUACUUUAGGAUUAGAUUUAGCUGUAAUAGGAAAUCCAAAAUAAUGACUUAUAGAAUAAAUUUUUAUUUAUUUCCCAUGCAAAAGUCCAUGUGGAAGCAGUUCAGGGCGGCUAGAUCAAAUUCAUGAAAUCUUCAGACUCCUGUGUUAAUCAGCAUAUCUCACAGCAUGAGUUAACUUGAGGUCUCCAGAUAGCCUCACUAGCACCAUCAUUUCCAUUUCAUCAUUUCCUCCUCUAGAAAGAAGCAUAUCUACUCUCUUUUUUAAAAAAGCUCUAUUGAGAUGUAAUUCACAUACCUUACAGUCCACCCAUUUAAAGUGUACAAUUCAGUGGUUUUUUAAUAUAUUCACAGGAUUGUGCAACCAUCACCACAGUCUGAUUUUAGGACAUUUUUAUUGCUGAAAGAAACCCCAAACCCAUUAGCAGUCUUUCUCCACCCUUAGUUCUAGGCAACCACAAGCCUGCAUUCUUUCUAUAGAUUUGCCUAUUUGGACAUUUCAUAUAAAUCGAGUGGAACAAUAUGUGGUCUUUCAUGACUGGCUUUUUUUCACUUAAUGUUUUCAAGGUUCAUCUAUGUCCUUUUUGUCAAAUAGUAAUCGUCCAUUGUAUGAAUAUUCCUUAACAUUUUGUUAGUUGGUGGACAUUGGGUUAGGUAUUAUAAAUAGUGCUGCUAUGAACAUUUAUGCUUAAGUUGUGUGAUCAUGUUUUCAUUUCUCACAUCCUUAGGAGUGGCAUUGCUGGGUCAUAUGGUAACUUCAUACUUAACUUUUGAAGAACUGCCAAAAUUUUCCAAAUCACCUGCCAUUUACAUGCCCUCCAGCAAUGUGUGAUUUUCCACCUCUUCCUCAAUGCCUGCUGUGUCGUCUUAAUUAUAGCCUUCCUAGUGGAGUGGUAUCUUAUAGUUUUGUAUUUCCCCAAUAACAUGAGUAUCUUUUUCAUGUGCUUAUUGCCUGUCUGUUGGAGGACUAUUCAAAUGCUUAAGUAGGCUGUGUUUUACUGUUUAGUUUUGAGUUCUUUAUAUAGUCCAACACAAGUUCUUAUGAUUUGCAAACUUUCCUCCUGUUCUGUGAGUUGUUUUUUCCCUUGUUGCAUAGUUUGCAACGCAGUUUUUCAUUUAAGUAUAGUCCAACUUGUGCUUGUCGUGUCCCAAGAAAAAAAUUGUCGAACCCAAGAUUAUUAAGAUAUGCUUCCAUUUUCUUCGAAGAAUUUUAUACCUUCAGCUUUUACACUUAGGACUGUGAUAGAUUUUUCAGGUAAUUUUUGUAGUGAUGUGACCUCCUUCCUUUUCAAGGGCCUUUCUGGGAAAUUGCAUACACUACUCUUUAAAUUCACUGGCCAGAGCUUUGUUACCUGGCCAUACCCAUCUGUGUGAGGCUGGAGAAUGUGUAUUUGGGGCAUCCGCUAUCAUUUUUUUUAGCCUAUUCAGCCAUAAUCUUAGUCUCAAUAAGUCAAUGCUUUUGCUUCGUUUUUCAGGAUUUAGUGGGAAAGUUUUGCGCGAACCGUCCCUGGCUCUCACUCGCUGGAGACUUAUUCCAAGUUAAAAACGAUCCCGAGUGACUCGCCGGCCUUUGCCGGCAGCAAAUUCGGGCUCUUGGCGCUUUUCACUUUGGAAAACCGACCCCGCUCGGCUCGCGGCGGCCGGCGUUUUCCCGCGCGUUCCCCCGCCCCUCCGUGCCGCGCCCACUCGGCCCGGGAGCCGCCUCCCCGCGGGGCCCCGGCUGGGGCCGACCGGCCACCACACCGAGGGCGACGGCCUCGGCGCGCGUGCAGCCGUGCGCGAUGGCGGGGCCCCACGAAGGGACCCCGGCCAGGGCAGCUGAGACACCACCGCCCCCGCCGGUAGCGCACACCUUGGAGCCGGACGCGGUGAGCGCAAAGCGAGAGGCGCGAGGGGAGCGGGCGCGGGGCCGAGCCAGUGGGCCCCAGGGACCUUCCGGGCGACCGGGUGGAGCCCUGCAGCCAGCCAGUCACAGCCCCGCAGGGGGCUCAGCCUGAGCCUGCGGGCUGUUGAGCUGCCCCUGGUGGGAUUUGACCGUUGAGAGACAGGGUAUUUGCGAUCCCCAAAGGGGACAGGAUGGGAAACAGUCCUAGACAAGGGAUGCAACUUGCUGGAUUCCUUCAACUAGUCAGGCAGGGCCAGGGCCAGCCUGGGGCUCUCCUCCACCUCACUCCAGGUCUUCCCAAAGUCUCCUGAACCUGGGCAGGUGAGACUUCCAGUUGUGCUGAGGAAGCGGCCUCCCUUCCCCAGUCUCCAGGUGGAAGCCCACCCUCUCAAACCCGGGCUUCCUUCAGGCACCAGGCUCUCCUUGGGGAGACUGCCCGGUAACCAGGCUCCGCAGAGGGCAGGUGGGAACCCAGGGUGUGCUCGGCCCCUCCGCAGGGCUGUGGCCCAUGUCAUUCAGGGUGGCUGUGCUGGAGAGGAGUUUGGACGUCUGAUCUUUCUGCAGAAGGCGAAAAUCCAUGGCUGGUUGAGGGCUCAACGCAUUCAUUCUGUUUGUGUUCACCCCGACCUCAGUUCCCAGUGAUGACUCAGGCUUCCUAUCAGGCACCCUAGAGUUAAAGAUUGUGGCCCCAAGAUAGAAGGUGAGAUGAAGAGGCCCCCUUGGGCACUCUCAUUUCCCAGGGAAAUUUAGAAAUUUAGGGUGAAAUGAAUGGCUAGAUGGGAAACAUUACCAAUGAAAUGCUAGCAUUUAAUUCUCAUAACUCUAAUGAGGUGUAUUAGCCCCAUUUUACACGUGAGGAAGUGAAGCUCAGCCCCUGGGUCACACAGCUAGAAAGGGCAGACGGAGAAUUUGAAUUCAGCUGUCUAACUCUGAAACUUUUUCUCAGUUGACUGUGAAGGGCUUAUGAUUUAAGUAGGUAAACCUGUCUUCCUCAAGCUUGCAAGAUUGUGCUCUACAGCUAGUUGCAGCUGGAAUUUCUUUUUCUUUUCAAGUGCCUUCUAUGUACUGUAAACUUGAUAGGUAUGUUUAAGAGGAAACCAGGGUCCCCUUAUGGAGUAGUAGGGAGGGCUCUCAUGUUGGAUUCUGCCUGUCCUUAAAGUUCUCCUGGAAGUUGAAAUAUUGUUUCCGACAAAUGUCAGAAAAGGAGACCACAUCCUGCCUCAUGUGUGGUUUUCUUCUGUGUGUCAGAAGAGUGUGCAGAGUAUUUGAUAAACCCUUAUCUGGGAAGACCUUCCUUUCAAAAAAGCUCAUUUGGGGUAUCUGGGAAGAUACCAAAAUGGGUGAAGGCAUAGUCCUCCUCCACUCCCCCUCAUUCCCAGACAAAGGAUGAAAAAGAAGGAUUUCUAGUAUAUUUUGAACAAAUAGUACUCUACACAGUGUCUUCAUGGCAUUUAUUCUUUUGACAUAUAUAUUAAGUAUCUAUAUGCCAAGCAUUGUUCUAGGUCCUGGAGACAUGGAGGUGAUAAAAGUUAUAUAGCUCGGAGUUCCCGUUGUGGCACAAUGGUUAACGAAUCCGACUAGGAACCAUGAGGUUGUGGGUUCGAUCCCUGCCCUUGCUCAGUGGGUUAACGAUCCGGCGUUGCCGUGAGCUGUGGUGUAGGUUGCAGACGUGGCUCGGAUCCCGAGUUGCUGUGGCUCUGGCGUAGGCUGGUGGCUCCAGCUCCAAUUCGACCCCUAGCCUGGGAACCUCUAUGUGCCACGGGAGUGGCCCAAGAAAUGGCAAAAAAAGACAAAAAAAAAAAAAAAAAAAGUUACAUAGCUCAUGCUCUCAUAGAGUUUAUAUUCUGGUGAGAAGAGGCAGGAAAUAAAUAAGAAUAUAUCAUGUAGUAAGUACAAUUGAGAGAGAAAUUUGGGUGAUUCAGGAAGGCCUCUCUAAAAAUGACAUUUAGGCUUCAGCCUGAGUGGCAAGAAGACCACUCUUGCAAAGACCUGAAGGAUGAGCCUUCCAGACAAGGGACAGGAAGUGCAAAGGCCCUGAGGCAGCAACAGACAUAGACAUCUUAAGGAUCAGGAAGGAGGCCACCUUGGUUGAAGAGAGCUAUCUGAAGGGAGAUGGGAAAGGGAAUGGGGAUGGUAGCUCCUGUAAGCUACAUGGGAAAGACUUGGAAGGGUUUUUUUGUUGUUUUGUUUCUUUUUACAGCCACAUCUGUGGCACGGGGACGUUCCUGGGCCAGGAGUCAAAUUGGGGCUGCAGCUACAGCCUACACCACAGCCACAGCAACACCGGAUCUGAGCCACAUCUAUGGCCUAUGCCAUAGCUUGCAGCAACGCUACAUCCUUAAUCCACUAAGUGAGGCCAGGGAUUGAACCUGCAUGCUCACAGAGACAACAUCGGGUCCUUAACCUGCUGAGUCAGAAUGGAAACUCCAGGACUUGGAGUUUUACUCAAACUGUAAUGGCAAGCUGUUGGAGGGUUUUAAGCAGAGACAAGACACAAUCUGAUUUAAGUUAUGAAAAGAUCAUUUUGGCUGCUGGAUGGAGAGUGAAUAGUAAGUAGGGAAUGAGAGUAGAAGUAGGGAAACCACUUAGGAGGCUCUCACUGAUAAGUUAGACAGGGAAUCGCGAAACAGGGGUCAAGGAUGACUCCUAGGUUUGUGGCCUGAGCUGCUGAGUGGACAUCAGGGCCAUUUAAUGCAAUAGGGACAAAAGGGUUCAGAGGUUUAGACAAUAGGAUAGAAAUCAGGAGCUGUGUUUUGACCAUGCGAAGUUGAAAUGCCUGUUCAGCAACCAUGUGGGGCUGUGAGUAGACAGUCUAAUUUGAGUCUGGUAGCUUAGAGAUAUACACACACACAUAUAUUUGGAGUCACAAGCAUUACUUCAUUUCAGUGCUGGUUUAGUAAACAGUCUCUCCAAAAAAAUAAUAAUAAUAAUCUCUGGUUUUGUAGUGUUUGUUGAUUUCUGUGGUGUAAAUACUGUCACCAUGGCUUAUUUCAGGUUGCCAGUGGUUCAACAACUGGCUUGCAAAAGUCCUAAACAUUUAACAAUCAGCUCCGGAGCCACUGCCUCAUUUGCUCAUCAGAAGUUGGCAGGAAUAUUCCAUUUCUCAGAUGAAGCAGCUUAGAGAGAAAAAGUGAUUUAUUCAAGGUCACAUGGGGAGUUGGUGGCAAAGUUGGGGGCCUCCUGACCCCGCCCCCCUUUCAUGCUGGCUUGCUGGCUCGGAAAAUAAAACAGACUGCAGCAGGAAGCACUGGGGGUGGAGGAAAUGUAAGGAAGAACUUCCCCUGGAAAUGUUUGGAGGUCAUGAUUUAGGAUUUUUUUUUUUCCUUUUUGUAGCUCACUUCCUUUUAAGAUGAUUCGGAACAAAAUAGGACUGAGAGGUUGCUGGAAAAGCCCUUAAGACACAGGGACCUCAGGAUGCUUGUGAAAGUCAGGGGGCUGUGGGGAGCUGUUGUGUGUCUGGGGCCUUAGCUUCUGUGUCUCCCCCAGGGCAGCAAUGCUGGUCACCUCUCAUUCUUUACGAAGGUGUGCUAUGGCAUUGGCGGGGUCCCAAACCAGGUGGCCUCCAGCGCCAUAGCCUUUUACCUGCAACUCUUCCUGCUCGAUGUGGCACAGGUGAGUUUGGGCAGCAGCCCUGGCAUCCUCUACUUCCAUUUUCCUUGGUGUCUGGUCCUUUCACUCCGCCUUUACCCUCACCAUCCCUGAUAGAUGGCACUCCUGACCCUAGCCUGACAAAAAGCCAAAUGCUAUUAAGCGCAACUUCGUCAGGGAUAUUUAUCGCAGGCUGUUUGUAGUGGGAAAAUGGAAAACAACAUGAAUGCUCAGCAAUUGGAUAAGUUGGGCUAUAGCCACAUAAUGGACUAUUGUGUAGUCAUUCCAAAAAAUGAGCUAGGAGUUCCCUGGUGGCCUUGUGGUUAAGGAUCUGGUAUUGUCACUACUGUGGCUCAGGUCACUGCUGUGUCACAGGUUUGAUCCCUGGCCUGGCCUGGCCAAAAACAAACAAAAAAAAAACCAAGAGAAUGAGUUAGAUCUAUACUGGUUGACUUAGAGGGAUUUCCAUGACAUACUGUCAAGUGAGAAAAGUUAGUUUUAAAGAAGGGUGUGUAAAAUGAUCCUGUUUUAGCAAAACAAAGACAUGUCCUAUAUAUGUGGGUGCAUGGGUGUGUGUGUGUGUGUGUGUACAUGCAUAUAUAUGUCUCUACGUGACUAACCGAUGGACAUGGAGAAAGUAAAUUCCAGAAGGAUAUCUACCAGGUUGUUAUGCUGGUUAUAGAAGGGAGUGGUGGAGGAUAGAGGGUAAGCAAGAAAGAAAUUUUUAAAAGGUAUUCAUGAUUUUUUUAAAUGACACGGAUGUGAUCCCAUUUAUAUAAAUGAAUAAAUAAUAAAUGCACAAAAGGAAGUGCAUGAAAUGGUGAUCAAAUUGUUUCUGGCAGUUGUCUCAGAAUGGUGGGGUUUCAGAUGAGCUUUGCUCAGUAUUUUUCUGUACUGUAUUGCUGUAUUUACAAUGAAUGUAUCAUUUAUGUAAUCAGAAAAAUCAAUAAAACAUUGUCACUGUGAAACACA